CCCACCAAAAAGCGGCUAGCCGGCUGUAGGAGGCGACGAAAAGUUCAGGGCGGACUGGCAAAAGGCGGUGCGAUUGCAGAGGUGGAGCCCCGAGGUGACCAGCGCCGCUGAGGAACGCCCCCCCCCGCCCCAGUGGAAGUGGUUCAGCCCGAGGACUUUUCAUUCAUAAAAAGAAAAGACUCCGCGAGGAGCGAGUGAGUCAGAACCAGAGCCGCCGACACGGACCCCACAGAGCAGCCAGCCCAGGGCAUGUUCCGAGACUUCGGGGAACCGGGACCGAGCUCCGGGGCCGGAGGUGCGUACGGCGGCCCGGCGCAGCCCCCGGUGACAGGCCAGCAGAAGUUCCACCUCGUGCCAAGCAUCAACGCUGUGAGUGGCAGCCAGGAGCUGCAGUGGAUGGUACAGCCUCACUUCCUGGGACCCAGCAGCUACCCCAGGCCUCUGGCGUACCCCCAGUACAGUCCCCCACAACCCCGGCCGGGAGUCAUCCGGGCUCUGGGGCCAACUCCGGCAGUGCGUCGCCGGCACUGUGAACAGAUCAGCCCCGAGGAGGAGGAACGCCGUCGAGUGAGGCGCGAGCGGAACAAGCUAGCCGCCGCCAAGUGCAGGAACCGAAGGAAAGAACUGACCGACUUCCUGCAGUCGGAGACCGACAAACUGGAGGACGAGAAAGCCGGGCUGCAGCGAGAGAUUGAGGAGCUGCAGAAGCAGAAGGAGCGCCUGGAGCUGGUGCUGGAAGCCCACCGGCCCAUCUGCAAAAUCCCAGAAGGGGCCAGGGAGAGCGACACCAGCGGCACAGGCGGUACCAGUGGCACCAGCAGCCCGCCAGACCCUUCCCGCCCUAUGCCUUGUAUCUCCCUUUCCCCUGGGCCUGUGCUUGAACCGGAAGCAUUGCACACUCCCACGCUCAUGACCACACCCUCCCUGACUCCUUUCACCCCCAGUCUGGUCUUCACCUACCCCAGCACCCCGGAGCCCUGUGCCUCAGCCCAUCGUAGGAGUAGCAGCAGCAGUGGGGACCCCUCUUCUGACCCCCUUGGCUCCCCAACCCUCCUGGCCUUAUGAGACACUCCGGCCCCCCUCCCUCCGGGUGCCACACUAACCAACAUCUCCCUGCCCAUUGGUACAGCUGGCCUGGACCAUAUCUUACAUCCAACCCCAUCAGGUUCUUCUCCAUCCCUCCAGAUGAGACUGAGCAUAUUUUGUAGAGCUAGCCUGGGGCACCAAAGCUGCCCACUUUUUCUCUAGGGCUGGCCUCUCUAGCACAAUUUGCACAAAAUCUGAGACAAAAUAUUUCCUGUUUGUUCAAGAAAAACUUGAGCAGCUCCCAAGAGACUUUGGAGAUCCUCAGAGGUCCUCUGGAGUCCUGAACCCCUGCAGACCACCCCUACAGUCUUCAUCACCCUCUUCCUAUGAUCCACCCAACCCUACCGCCAACAGAUGAUACUCCACCAGCCUAAAACACUAACUCACCCAGCCCCACUGCCAGCAGCACCAGGUUCCUGAACCAAGACUCUCUGCCAGCCCCUCAUAAGUGGAAGGGGUCAGGAGGGUGCCAGAGGCUUCUGUGAUGAGCUGUCCUGUGCCCCCAGCUCUGAGAAGACUUUAGCUCCAGGGAAUCCAAGCAUCCAUAGCAAGAGCAGCUGCUAUUUAUUUUCCUAAAGAGAGUAUUUUUAUACAAACCUGCUAAAAUGGAAUAAAAGCCUUGAAGCUC